GUGUUCUCAUUUUGCUCAAGACCUGUGGCCAGAGCAGGGCAUGAAAGAUUCCUUCCAAAACUUGAUACUGAGAACAUAUGCAAAGUGUGGAGAUGAGAAUUUACAACUAAGAAAAAACUGCAAAAGUGUGGAUGAUGGUAGGAUGCACAAAGGAGGUUAUAAUGGAUGCAAUCAAUGUUUGACAUCGACCCAGAGCAAAAUAUUUUGUGGGGAUAAAUAUGUGAAAGUCUUUUAUAAAUAUCCAAAUUCAAAUAAUAAUAAAAUAAGAUAUACUGAAAAAAAUUCUUUCAAAUGUAAAUAAUGUGGCAAAUCAUUUUGCAUGCUUUCACACCUAACUCAACAUAAGAAAAUUCAUACUAGAGAGAAUUCCUACACAUGUGAAGAAUGUGACAAAGUCUUUAAAUGUUCAUGACCCUCACUCAACAUAAAAGAAUUCACACUAAAAAGACACUGUUCAAAUGUGAAGAAUGUGGCAAAGCUUCUAAACAGUCCUCAAAUCUUACUGAACAUAAGAGAAUUCAUACUAGAGAGAAACACUACAAAUGUGAAGAAUUUGGCAAAGAUUUUAAGUGGUCCUCAAAUCUUCCUGAAAAUGAGAUAAUUCAUAUUGGAGAAAAACCUUGUAAAUGUGAAGAAUGUGGCAAAACUUUUAAGUGGUCUUCAAACCUUACCAGACAUAAGAUAAUUCAUACUGGAGAGAAACUAUACAAAUGUGAAGAAUGUGGCAAAGCCUUUUACUCCUCCUCAAACCUUACUUUACAUAAAAUGAUUCAUACUGCAGAGAAAACCUACAAAUGUAAAGAAUGUGGCAAAUCUUUUAGCCAGUACUCACACCUUACUACCCAUAAGAGAAUUCAUACUGGAAAGAAAACCUACAAAUGUAAAGAAUGUGGCAGAGCUUAUAAGUGGUCCUCAAACCUUACUGAACAUAAGAUAACUCAUACUGGAGAGAAACCCUACAAAUGUGAAGAAUGUAGCAAAGCCUUUAACUGGUCCUUACACCUUGCUGUACAUAAGAUAAUUCAUACUGAAGAGAAACCCUACAAAUGUGAAGAAUGUGGCAAAGCCUUUAAAUGGUCCUCAAACCUUACUAAGCAUAAGAUAAUUUAUACUGGAGAGAAACUCUAG